AAAAAGGCAAUCUGCCAGCUGAGGAGAAGUACUUCAAUGAAAACAUGUAUAUUAUGAAGAAAGCAGGACGUUUAUAUUCACAGCAUAAUAAAGCUGGAAAAAAUGAAAUUACAAAUUUAACACAAAAAAUGGGCAGUCAGCUUUAAAACACACGCAGAUUGGGCAUUUACAAAUUUGACCACCUGGACUGAGCUUUCAAUUUUGUCCUAUUCUGGUUCAUGUAAAAGUACUGAGUUGCAAAAAAACAAGACUGGAAGAUUCUGGAGAUAAUCUAGUCCAACUUCCCAUUUCCGACCAAGAUCAACUAUGCUCAUUUGUUACUACUUAAAAAACCCAACUUAUAUGUUAGAAAUGGCAUAAUUUUUAGAACUUCUUUAGGCUUUUCAAAUAUUUUUGCUUAUUUCUGCUUAGUCUUUAAGUUACACCUACUUGCAGUUCAUGAAAACAAAUUCAGUUUUCCUCUAAACUGUGAGUAUUAUUGAGAAACAAAUUAUUUGCCAUCAACUUUUUUUUUUUUUUUUUCUUUCUGGAGAAUAUUAUUAUAGCCAUUUUUUUUGCCAUCUUCUCACUAGAUGCAGGCCUUAGCUUAGGCCAUGCCAGUGUAGAGUACAAGAAUUACUUAAUGCAUCUAAGGUAUGCACACUUACACACAUACACAAGUGUAAUGCUUACUGUUUGCUCCUUUUUCUGUGGCAGCAGAAUUGACUCAGUUUGUGAGGUACUAUGGCCCCCAUUGCUUUAUUCUGCAGAAAUACCAUACAGCUCAGAAGCCCCCCCUGAAUCUGUGCAGUCAGAUAUUUAAUUUUAUGUAAUAUUGUUCUUACCUCCAUUGUACUUUGUCCAUUUUUCAGACUACCUAAAAAAAAACAACUUCUACUACUUCUAGUCCCUCUCAAUUUCAGAUUGCUUGUGGAUUAAUAAGUGUACUUAUUUUGUGACCAAAGUGAUUUAAGAAAACAGUGGACUAGGAACAGCACACUGAUAUUUGAACCCUCACUCAAAUGUACUUGUUUUGAACUGAGGACUAUUGCUUUCUGAGGAUGAAUACCAAACAAGAUAUUUACUUACCUUAUUGAAACUUCAUCACCACUAUGCUUCCCUAGUUUGCUUAUGAAAAUCCCACAUAGAUACUGCUAAAAGUCUUACUAUAGUAAAGUUGCUAUUCCGCCACUUAUGUACUGCUGCUCCAACAUAAGGUAUCAGAUUGGUGUUAUGCACCUUGUCUUUAGAGAUCCAUAUCAGCUGUUAACUCCUUUGCUUUUCUUCCAGAUACAAACCUAAUUUGCCUGAGGAUUCGUUAUCAAAGUUUUCAAGAAUUUGAAAGUAAUUUUGAGAAAGUGACUGGCAUGUUUGCCAUUUCUAGUCUUCAUUAUCCCUGUGAAUUUUGUAAGGUAACUGUUAACACUUUUAAGAAAACAUUUCAAUAAUACAGCUUAAUAUACAUGCCAAAGGACCAUCUUCUGGGAUUUGAACAACCAGCCACUGAAGUAUCCCUCCUGUUUGCAAUUGAAAAUAUUUGUAGCCUAUUUAAUGUUCUUAACAUGCAUGUGCAAACUUGGAUUUCACAUUACACCUGAAAUAUGUAACACACGCGUAUUUACAGUGUUUCACUAUGUACAACUUUUUAUCUUUAACGUUGCACAAUAAGAGUUUCUUCCAUUUCAGGUACCAUUUUUUCAGAUUCUGGUGUUUUGGUUCUACAACAGUUUUUUUAAAUAAAAUAUACAGAAUUCUCAUCUAUAAAAUACAGAGAGGUGCAGAAAUAAAAAAGAGAACUUGUGAAAGUAGAUUUAAAUUAGGCUAUUGAAACUUACUACUUUUUAGGCAAGAAAGUGAAUGCUGGAAAGACAACAAUACUGUCACAAAUAUGUGCAAGGCUUCUUCGAUAACUGUUUAGUCAUAGAAACACAGGGAAAUUAAUCGGAUUUCACUCUCCUGUGAUAUCCGAGGAAGGAGUACCCGAUGGUGGCUGUCCAGGGUACGCGGUGCUUGGUCUGGGCAGGAGCUCGAGCACGGGGCUUUCUGAUGAAAAGGGGAUCGGGAGAGCAUCGCGCGGACACUUCCCGGCCUGACCCGGCGUCCGGUCCGGACCUCCGCCGCACCCUGGCCCGCUACGUGUGCCAGCUCGCUGCAUUCGCCCUCGAGCGAGCUACGCGGACGGAAGACGCAAUGUUCUUUGUCUCCGGCUCUCGCGGAGAGGCCGAGCGGGCGGCGCAGCUCCGGGCCCGCCGCCGUUCCCGCUCCGGGGCGGUGUCGGUUCCCAUCCUGCCGGGUCCCGGUGCCGGUUCCCAUCCUGCCGGGUCCCGGUGUCGGUUCCCAUCCUGCCGGGUCCUGGUGUCGGUUCCCAUCCUGCCGGGUCCCGGUGCCGGUUCCCCCCGCCCCGCGUCCCCCCGGGAACAGCGCGGGGCGGACGGGGCGGGCGCGCCAAUCGGCGCGCGGCAAGAUGGCGGCGGCGGGAAGUGCGGCUGGGUUGGGCGACGGGCGGGCGGCGUAGGGCCCGGCCGGGCUCCGCAGCCUGUAGCGUCCUGCAUGGAGCGCGGCGGGAGCAGCCAGCUGGACCCUGGCUUCUCGCAGCAGGACACGCCCGUCCUCAUCGUGGAGGACUCGCAGCCCCAGGGCGCGGAGGCAGACGUGGAGCGGGUUUGGCUCAGCGUUUUGGCUCGCCGGCCGCCGGCCCGGCGGAGCCCGAGCCCCGUGCUGGACAUCGUUUGCGGUCCUGCUGGGAGCCGGGCGCCACGGGAGCGACUCGCAGGUAAGGGCGGGGCGCGUGGUCACGGCGGGUCCGGGUACCGCGGUCGCGCUGACGGCGCUGUCGUUGCAGAGCCCAUGGAGAGCCCGGCCCGCCCGAGCCCCUCUGGACCGCGGGGCUGCGUCGUGGAGGAGUCUCCACCGCCCGACGGGGAGAGCAGUGCCCUUGGAAAGGCCGGGGAGCGAAGUGAAGGCGAUGUUGAGGACUGUGCCUCUUCGCUGUGUGUAGAAGAUACAGGCAUGUCACAGCUGCAGUUUGGAGUUCUAGAGCUGUCGCAGAGCCAGGACUUUGAGAGUGACUUUGUGCCCGGUGAGGGAGAUGCUAGGUAUCAGCUUCACUCUGGACCUGCUGUCCUUUCUUCCAGACUUGUGAGGAACGAGUCUAAAUAUGGACUUUGUGGGGACAACACAGAAAGUGACUCCAGCACAGAAGCACAUACUGCUUUGGAAAGCCAGGCAGAGAAGUCUGAAAGGUCAAAGACUGUGUCUUGCAUUUCCAGAACUCUGCAGGAGGCAGAAGAACAUACCAGAAAGAAAACGCCUGUCAGUGAUGCCAGUAAAACUGAGGAAUCCCUUGUUUCUCAUCAUGAUGAAUCAGAUAUCUUGUCAACUCAGGAAGAGAUGUUUCCUGAUAAUCAUGCCACAGCCACUGUAGGGAGUGGCUGUCCAAUAAUCAGGGUGGAGGAGGGAAGUUCUCUGACCUGCACCCCUGCCUGCAGUCUGCAAGUCCUGCAGCUCUCUGGACAGACAUUCGUACAGGAGGGUCAUUCCAUUGUCUCUUCAGACCUAGUUGUUCCUCCUCCUGUUUCCUUUGGACCCAAUGCCCUUGUCCCCAGCAGUCCUACUGAACAGGAGCAAGCAAAAGAUGAACAGAUGGAUAUAUCUAUCCCUGCAGAAGGAAGAGAACUGAUGAAAAAGCAGAGAGGAGAUACACUGAUGGAGAUGGCCCUCCCUUGUAUCCCUCCAAGACCUCUUGUUCAGCCACAGGCUUCAACUCCAGUGUCCCAGAGUGCCCCAAACUUCUUUCCUGGAUCUUUACCUAUACCAUCACAACCAGAGUUCUCUCAUGAUAUCUUUGUUCCAACUCAGAGUCCAGAGAAGAAGCAUGAAGGAGAAGAAAAAACUUCUUUAAAAACUGCUUUAACCCCCUUAUGCUUACCAGGAUCCACAGAUGCUUUGUCAGUGAUGUCUGCUGAUGACUCUGUGUCACAGCCUCCAGAGUCAUGUGAACUGAUGCUUUCUGCAAGUGCAUGUAGCCAGCCCACAGAUACAGACAACAGUUCAGGCUCUCUGAACACGUGCCAAGACAAUGAGACCACACAGGUAGAGAGAAUUUCUGAAUGCAAGGCCUCAGACUCAAGACUCUGUUCUGUGGAGAAUGAUAAAAUAAAACUGAAUGUAGGUGAUGAAGCACCCUCUGAAAACGGUGAAGAAACAAAAAAGGAGGACGUAGGGACUGCAUGUGAAAUGCCUGUAGGACAGUCUGCUAGUGCAGGUGUUGCAGGAGAUGGGCCAUUAGCCCCUACAGUUCAUCAGGAGAUCAAGUGUAUUUCUGGAAGUCAGGCUGCUGCAGAUCAGUCUGGUCUGCCUGAGAUUUUGUCAUAUGCUCAAGAGACUUCCAAACCUGAGGCAGUUCCUGAGACUCAGUGUGAAGAACAAGAAGAAAAACUGCAAGUAAAAGAGAAGCAAAUAAAGGAAGAUAGGUCUCCUGGUAAUAUAAAACUUUCUCACAAGUUUAUUCUUGAAAGGGAAGGACAGUGUCAGGAAGAUACAGAAGUGAAUGAUACUUGUAAAAAUAGCAAAAAUGUAGUCCAGGAAUUAGAAAAGAGUGGACCAGAACGUCAGGGAAAAGAAGCUUUGAAAGGUUGUACUUUGGAUGCUGGGAAGGUAAAGAACAUGGAUAAACUAUCUUUUAAGGCUGUAGCAGGAAAUGUGGCAAAGCUCAAUGAAGUUUUAGCUAUGCCUUCUGUAGGGGAGUUACUGGAGCAGCACAAUUUGCUUCCAAAGUUAAAGAGUGAUGUCCAGUCAGAACUGGCAUUGUGUGACAAAAACCAUCCCGAUCGUUCAGAAUUGGGACAGGUAAUGAUAAUAAGCAAUCAGCCAUCACUUCAAGAGAGAGGGGUUGAAACAUGGGUGGUUCAGCAUGAGAAUCAGGUGCUAAAGAAUAUGGAGGAUACUGUUGGGACAAGGAAUCUGGAGCAAGAAGAGCAAAUGCAGCCACAGGAGAAGGCAACUUCUAAAUCCCCCAGUCCUUCCAGUGGAACCCCGUUUUGUUUUACUUUGCUGAAGGAGGGUGAUGUCAUUCAGUCCUUAACUAGCAUAACACCACCUCUUACUGGCCAUCUCAAAAUGGGACCCAGGAGACACAGCACACCAAUUGUGGAUGAUACUUGCCCAGACAGCACUAUAGCAACCAGUGAUGUUACAGCAGAGGGCACAAUGGGGACCAACAAUGUCACUGUGGAAAGCGUGGUGGUAUCAGCAGAUGUGUCAGAAGUGUGUGAGAAAGGAGAGUCUGGUGUGGUUCCUGAGUCAGAUGCAAAACUUUCUCUGCGAAUGAACCCUGUUACCCCUGUGAAUGAUGGGAGCGAGGAGUCCUUGCCAUUCAGCUUGGAAAAGCCUGCAGCCAGUGACAGGAAAGAUGGAUCCUCUGCUGCUGCUGAGGCUGCUGCCAGCUCCCAGAAAGCAUCAUCUGUGUUUAGUCAUGUCUGUGAAGUUCAUCGAGAGGAUGAGACCAGAGGUCAUGGUCUUUCCACUUCUUCAUUUAGGGGGGAUCUGUACAUUUUUCCUGGCACACAGGAAGAUGCUGAAUUACGUACAAAUCCCAGUGAUUACCAGCAACAGAAGGCAGAUGGCAGUGGUGGACAGAUCCUAAUUCCUCAGAGGAUGCAGCAGGACUGCCAUCAGCGAUCUUCUUGUGCAGAGGACGGAGAGUCUCUGGAGAUUGAUGUUGUAAGCACUCAAGCAGAAGAUGGGAGAAGAAUGCAGAGAAAACAAAGUAAGGCUAUUAAAAUUGAUCAAAGUCAAGAGAGGUGGAAAAACAUCAAGAAUAAAGGGAUCCAAACUACAGAAGGUUGUCUUUUUACCCCAACAACUGUUACAACAUCAACACAAACAUCAGAAGAAAUCUGUAGACAGGUGGAAAUGGGAACCAGUAUGUCUGGGCAAAGACCUGGGCAACAAGAUGUGAACAUUCAAACCGAUGAGAGUGGGGAAAAGCUUGUCAACACCUCUGGAGAUGACACAGACUCUUUGCACUGUCAGGGAGAGGAGGAGUUUAACCUUCUUCACCCACCCAAAGGCCGAGUUCAGCAUCGCCACAUGCGAACCAUUCGAGAAGUGCGCACUGUUGUUACCCGUGUUAUAACAGAUGUUUACUACAUCAAUGGUGCAGAGGUGGAACGAAAGGUAGUUGAGGAAACUGAGGAGCCUGUAGUGGAGUGCCAAGAAUGUGAGACUGACAUGUCCUCUAGAACUGCAGGAGGCUCGUCGCUGACCUCAGGGGACCUUGGUGAUGUCAGCUCCUUCUCAUCUAAGGCCUCAAGUCUCCACCGUACAUCCAGUGGAGGAAGCAGUGGUCACUCUGCCACGCACAGCAGCAGCAGCUCAGGGCGAGGAACUGGAGCUGUCAAAGGGAAAGUGUGUGGGACAGAAAGCAGAGAAUUUGCUUUACCCGUUGGCAGAGGCAUCUUAGGAAAACUGAGCCCUAGGAAAGGAGCUGGGCAGCCUGCAUCACCACUCAGAGUUAGCCAGACAGGAGCACUGCUUUGUGAGGAAGAGGAGGACUGUAUGCCUGGCACUCAUCAGGGUGGCAGAGCACCUGUGACACUUCGUGGACGAGGAAGAAGAGGACGCCCACCAUCUCGAACGACAGGAACAAGAGAUUUAGCUGGACUGCCAGGUCUGGAGGAUCUUUCAAGUACAGCAUCACCUGAGGAGAAAUCAUUUACUCGUUCAGUUCGACUGCCAGAUGGAGGAGAGAAAUCUGACACUUCUCGCUUCUGUGCCUUACGUCGAAGUGACUCUCCAGAAAUCCCAUUACAAGGGGUGACUGCUCCUUCUGACUGUGCAGACUCAUCCACUGGGAGCAGCUUUGUGGGCCUCAGGGUUGUAGCAAAGUGGUCCUCAAAUGGGUACUUUUAUUCUGGGAUGAUUACCCGAGAUGUUGGAGCUGGAAAGUACAAGCUACUCUUUGAUGAUGGAUAUGAAUGUGAUGUGCUAGGAAAAGAUAUUUUGGUCUGUGAUCCUAUCCCACUGGAGACAGAGGUAACCGCACUCUCUGAAGACGAGUACUUCAGUGCAGGUGUGGUAAAGGGACACCGGAAGGAGUCUGGGGAGCUAUACUAUUGCAUUGAAAAGGAAGGCCAGAGGAAGUGGUACAAACGAAUGGCUGUUAUCCUGUCUCUGGAACAAGGAAAUAAGCUCCGGGAGCAGUUUGGGCUAGGUCCUUAUGAACCUGUCACCCCCCUGACCAAAGCAGCUGACAUCAGCCUUGAUAAUCUGGUGGAGGGGAAGAGGAAGCGACGUAGUAACCUUGGUUCUCCCAGCACUUCCAGCAGCAGCACAACUCCUACUCGUAAAGGGCAGGAGAGUCCACGUGUCCCACCAGCCUCCCUGUCUGGGAAAAGGAAACUUAUUGCUUCCGAAGAUGAGCGAUCCCCAGCUAAACGUGGCCGCAAGUCAGCAGUAGUAAAGCCUGGGGCUCUGAGAGGUGGAGAGUUUGUAAGCACCUGUGAAGGUGUAGAUUCUGCAGAUCCCCCAGUACUGGAGGGCGACCAUGGACCCUUACCCCACAAUAAGACCCUCUUUUUGGGCUAUGCCUUUCUUCUCACCAUGGCAACACCAAGUGACAAAUUGGUCAAUCACCAGAAGCCAUCAGAUGGUCCCACUGGGAGCAGCGAGGAGGAAGAAGAUUUUUUAGAGAUGACUCCGUAUGAUAAACAUUACAUAGCAAAACAGCUGCGAGCAGGAGCUGGCUAUAUCCUGGAAGACUUCAAUGAAACCCAGUGUAAUGCAGCAUACCAGUGUCUUCUAAUUGCGGACCAGCAUUGUCGAACUCGGAAAUACUUGCUGUGCCUUGCCAGAGGGAUCCCUUGUGUGUCUCAUAUCUGGGUCCAUGAUAGCUGUCAUGCUAACCAGCUUCAGAAUUAUCGGAAUUACCUUUUGCCAGCUGGAUAUAGCCUCCAGGAGCAAAAAUUGCUAGAAUGGCACCCACGAGAAAACCCAUUCCAUAACCUGAAGGUUCUCCUCGUGUCAGACCAGCAAGAGAACUUCCUGGAUCUGUGGUCUGAAAUUCUCAUGACAGGGGGAGCAGCAUCUGUUAAACAGCAUUACUCAAAUGCUCACAACAAAGAUCUUGCUUUGGGUGUUUAUGAUGUGGUGGUGACUGAUUUUUCCUGCCCAGCUGGCAUCUUGAAGUGUGCAGAAGCUUUACGGCUGCCUGUUGUCUCACAAGAGUGGGUGAUCCAGAGCCUUAUUGCUGGGAAGAGAGUAGGCUACAAGCAGCAUCCAAAAUAUAAACAUGACUGUGUCUCUCACUGAAUGAAACUCUGUCCUGCUGUCCAACUAUCAUGGAGACUGUUUUAAACAGGUUUUAAAUGUUUGUGAAUUGGGCAGUAUGCAUGGAUUAUUGUAUAUAGUUUUAUCUGCUGGACUUUUAUGAUUAAAUAAAUGUUUGAUCUCUUGUGGUAUCUGCUGCUACUCCUCAUUAUCUAAACUUACU